AUGUCUCCCUCGAUGGGCUCCGUUUGGGCUCCUCGCUUGAUUAGAACAUCAGUACAAUGCCAUCGACAUUGCCAGAAUUUCACUCGCAAGGCUCAAACAAGGAAACUGUACGAUUUCGCCGUUCCCAAGAGACCGUUUCCUCGAUCUGCUUCGUCGUCGUCCUCGAAUUGUCCCUCCAAUCAAGCACGACUUUUCUCCGCAACAUCUUCCUCUCAAGCGACGAAAGAUCCCUAUGCAACCUUAGGCGUCGGUAAAAAUGCCAGCGCAUCCGAAAUUAAGAAAGCUUACUACACUCUUGCGAAGAAAUAUCACCCAGAUACAAACAAGGAUCCCAGUGCGAAGGAGAAGUUUACCGAUGCGCAAGCAGCUUAUGAAUUAUUGAAUGACCCCCAGAAAAAGGCUGCUUAUGAUCAGUUCGGUGCUGCUGCCUUUGAUCAAGGCGCAGGGUUCGAUCCAGGCGCCGCAGGCGGAAAUCCUUUUGCCGGAGCAGGUGGUGGGAAUCCUUUCGCCGGGUUUGGUGGGGGCUUUGGAGCAGAAUUUAAUUUUGAAGAUUUGUUUGGUGCUUUUACCGGAGGCCGUCGUGGUCGGCGAGGCGGCUCUCCCUUUCAAGAGGAAAUACUAGUCGGGGAGAACAUCGAAGUUCAGACGAACAUCUCCUUCAUGGAUGCUGCCAAAGGCGUAACGAAACAUAUCACCAUUACGCCUCUUGUUCAAUGUGGGACUUGCAAAGGGAAUGGGCUAAAGCCAGGGUCGCAAAGACAACAAUGCAAAAGGUGCAACGGCACGGGAACGAGAAUCCAUGUCAUGCAACAGGGUUUCCAAAUGUCGUCGACGUGUUCCAACUGUGGAGGAACUGGAGUGGUGAUUCCCAGAGGAUCGGAAUGCCACACUUGUGAUGGGAAUGGCGUCGUUCGACAACGGAAGACGGUUCAAGUCGAUAUUCCCGGCGGGGUCGAAGAUGGCAUGAGGCUACGUGUAUCAGGGGAAGGUGAUGCUCCUCCCACUGGCGUGGCAGAGAAUCCCAGAGUGCGAUCGCAACGGGGAGAUCUUUACGUUUUCAUCCGGGUCGCCCCAGAUGCGAGAUUCAGUCGGAAUGGGUCUGACGUGCUGUAUACGGCUUCAAUACCUCUAACAACUGCACUGCUGGGUGGUGAAGUCCAAGUACCCACACUUGAUGGAGAAGUUAAGGUCAAAGUCGCAACCGGUACUGGCACUGGCGACAGGGUCACUCUGGGAGGGAUGGGGAUGAAGCGUCUGGGUGGACGGGGCCCCGCGACUGGUGACCUGAAAGUGGAAUUCAAGGUCAACAUGCCCAAAUAUUUGACUGCCAGCCAAAGAACAAUCCUCGAGAUGCUCGCUGAUGAAAUGAACGAUAAGACGGCGAAGCGAACGAUGAACCUCAACCAGUACAAGCAUGACUCUACUACCGACAGCACACCGUCCAAACCCUCCAAUAAAGCUGCGGAUCACAAGAAUGAAGGAUUUCUUAAAUCAACCUGGCAUAAACUCACUCAUCAGCACGACAACUUAGAACCGGAGCAGGACGAAAAGGAGUGUGGUACGGAAUCGAAGGACGAGGAUGAACCGAAGAAAGCGUCGGGCUCUGGGUGA